CUCUACAUAUCAAAUAAUCAGUCUCUCAUAACUCCAAACCUCGAAAUCUCUCUCACUAUUUGCAGCGGCGAGAAAGACUUACAGCGAGAGAGAGCUGAAAAUGGGUCAUUCGAACAUAUGGAACGCUCAUCCCAAGACCUACGGUCCAGGCUCUCGAGCUUGCCGUGUUUGUGGGAAUCCUCAUGGAAUUAUUAGAAAGUAUGGGAUAAUGUGUUGCAGACAAUGCUUCAAAACAAAUGCCAAGGAGAUCGGCUUUGUUAAGUAUCGUUAAUAAUGGAUUGUCAAUCAGAUCUACGUUGAAGAUGAUAUGUCAAAGUGGGAUUAUGGUAGUUGAUUUUAUAUAAUGUUGCUUCAUGAAAUUAUAGUUCUGUUUUUUUGGAGACAAAUAUUUGUUGAGAUGAUGUAUUUCUAGACUCUUAAUUUAUUGUUGGAUGACUAAAAAGCUCGAAGGUUGCUCUAUUUUGUGUCUUUUUGGCUUCAUCUAGUUCUGAUUUGUAAACAUCUGUUCUAUGAUUUGGUUCUUGUCUGGGGAAACCCUAGUGUAACAAGAUUUUUUAUUGAUACUGAA